AGAGAAACAGACUAGCCUACUUUUUUGUACUAACGUUUUCUAAAGGACAUGCUCUUUAGGUGAUUUUUUUCCCAGAGGUUCAGCGUCUCUUUUUUGUUUUCUUCGAUAUUUAGCCGAGGCACUUCGAAUGCUGAUUGUCAUCGUGCGAUUACUGAAGCCAUACAUAAAUCUGCAGGAUAUCCGUAAAUUUGAAUAGAGCUGAACAACAAGAAGAAAAUGCCUCCACGUGGUCGUCGUAAUAAUCGUCAAGGAGCAGCAGCUGCAGGUGCUGCUGCGGCAGCUGCUGCUCCGGCUGGGCCUGCAGCUGCAGGUGGAGCAGGCCAAGCAGGGGCUGGAGGCGAGGGCGCGCCCGUGCAGCCUCCUCCCUUUCCGCUGUUCCAGGAUGGGCGGAGUUUUCAUCAGCUGCAGAGUCGCAUUACAAAUUUGGAGAUUGUCAAGGCGGAACAAACUAGUCGCCGAAAGCUGAACAACUUGAUUCUCAACGUAGUACAUAUCGUCUUAAUUAUUUCUGUCAUUCUCAGAGCUAGAGUCAAAAUAUCCUUCAGCUUCUGAUUAGAUUAUUGAAGAUUGUAUUUCAUGUGGUCGAUCGACCUCUACGGAACUCCGGCCCAGUUUUUAGCUGCACCUUGAUUUUUUUCAGGUGUGGGACAUGUGUGGGGCAAAAAGAACGCAUCGUGUUGCCACGGGUGGAGUGCCAAGCGACGUCAAGCGAAAUAUACUCGAGUUCAUGGGAGACGAGAAGAGCUCGGAUUUCGCCAAUCUCAACCCGAAGUGGAAUGCAAAGCGGAUGCACACAUUAGUUAUGAAAAUGUACUUCUCCUGCACUUUUCUCACGGGAGCGCAAGAAGUGAUUGUAUAAAUAGGGUUUUGGUAUUUUAUGUUUACAUGAGUACUUCUGAGCUGUUCUUGAAUCAGGAGGCACGACCUCCCGCUAAUUGCGACGUGAAAAUUUUCUGGUUUCGCCACCUCGUGUGCGUUACGCGAAGUGAUGCACUUCUCGACAGAUGAUUUAUAAGGCUUUCUUCCUUGAAUGUGAGCACAAGGCGUUUGGGCGAGUCUGAAGGCACUCAAAGGAUAUUCUCAUUUCUAAUUUGGCGCUGCAGGAGAAGCGGAGGAGGGCGGAGAAGAUAAUUGACAACCUAGUAAGGAUAUGCGAAUGGAGCGCCCGCGAGAGCGGGAACCUGUCUUCAUAUAUAUCGUGGAAUGAUGCGAUCGCAGGGAGUGACGUUCAAGGUCCUGCAGAUUUUAGAACCUUCGAGAGUGGUGACAAAAACGUCUGGGAAUGGACAUUAGAUUUCUAUCUUCCGUGUUUGAAAUCAAUGAUUUCGGACGCUGGUUUCGCUUUUCGGGUUAUCACGUCCAACCCGAAUGCAGAGACCGAAGAAGACAAGAGAUGCGGAAGGAAGGCAGAGCUAAUGAUUGAGUGGAAAUUUUAGUCUGCCUCGGUCCAAGAUGGACCCUUGUGUCGGAAACGCGAGUCCUUUUUCCAAAGAUACUUAACACGCAAUCCCGCAGAUAAAGAGGAGGACAAAUAAGUGUAUCUAAAUAGCGAGAUCUGUAUGAGCUGGACAGAUCGAUGAGGCACACUAGUUAGAAGGGCGAUCACCAAGCUAGAAAAUAAUACAUUCACAUAAAAAAGUGUUUCAUUAAGUUGCAGACGAAGACGAGGUAUGUAGUUUACUAACACACGGGCUCGCCGCUCCCGACAAGAUCAUCCCAUUUGCACCCUGGUACGAUAAGACGUUAUGUAUCGAGAUACAGACCCUUUUCCACGACAAAUCAUCCUGGAUAAGCUGCUUGAAGAAACCUCUAUUCCGAUUGGAUAUUUUACAACUGCUACAGUUUGCAGGGACAUAAUUAUUCGAUAUCAAAGUUGUUGUACUCUUGCAUGUUUUAGUGGUGCAUUUUCAAGGUGACGAGAAUAUCCC